UUAACCAGACGAAUUCUAUUUAUGUUAUUUUUCUACGAUAACAAUACUGAAACAAGUCUUGUCUCUUGUAUAGUCUUCAGUCGAAGUCAUAAUAACGUUUAACGUUUAACAGUGGUUAGUGUUAGUGUUUUGUUUUACAAAUACAACUUAUAACUUAUAUUAUUGAAAUUUGAAGUAAAAGUCGAAUAUGAGUGGCUGUAAAAAAUAUUUAAGCGGUGCUCAGAAGAGAAAAAAGAAGAAAGAAGAUCUUUUAAUGACAUCUGCUGUUAAGUGCAAUAAAAUAACUGGAUUUUUUUCUUUAACUAAUGAAAGUGACGAUAAACUAGUUUCAAAUGUUAUAGAAAUAGAUCAUAGUAUCUCAAAGGAAAAUAUAAACAAUGAAACUAAUAUCAAUUGUAUUGUGGAUGGUACUGUGGAUGGUAUUGUGGAUGGUAUACUUGAUGACACUAUUGAUAUAAAUAAUCAUUAUAAUAUACCAGAAGAAGUUAAUGCUAUUAGUAUUGCAUGUAUGUCAUAUGAUAAUGCCAAAAAUGUUUCCAGUAAUUUAAAAGAUAAAAUUAAUUUGCAUGUUGACUUAAAAGAAACUGUUCAGACUGAUCACUUAAACAAUACUCAUUGUUUAUCACCGGCCAAACAAAAUCAAAGUAAUAAUGGUCUUGAAAAUACUAAUUCUACUUCUGUUAAGGAUACUACGAAUAUUGGUACAAUACAUCAUGCAGAUAUUGAUGAUAACAGCUUUGAUGAAUUAACCGUUAAAGAUCCAUAUUUUUGGCCAAGUAAAAUAAAUGAUGAUUUUGUGGAUUAUUGUAUUAAAAAAGGGCCAUCAUUUUUUCAAAAUAAACAAAAAUCGUAUACUCAAUCUGCACGCAUUAGUGAUCAUAAAAGACAUUUAACGCCUGCAAUGUUUGAAAGAACUUUACCUAAUGGACAAAUAUGUGAUCGGCUGUGGCUUUUGUAUUCUCCAAGUCAGGGUUCAGUAUUUUGUUUUAUGUGUAAGCUUUUUUCAAAGAAUCGUGAAAACUCUUUUGUAAAAAAUGGGUUUGAUCAAUGGAAAAAAUUUGAAAAAAUAUCAUACCAUGAAAACAGCAUGUAUCACAGAGAAGCAAAUACUACAUGGCUACUUCGAGAAAACUCAUUAAAUUCCGUAAAUCAACAAAUCUGUAAGCAAAUAUCUACUGAAACUCAAUAUUGGAUUGAUGUUUUAAAACGCGUUGUAGCAGUUAUUAAAUAUUUAUCUUCACGUGGUUUACCAUUUAGAGGAGACAAUGAAGUAUUUGGAGUAAAAAAUAAUGGAAAUUACUUAGGAAUUCUUGAACUAAUUUCUGAGUUUGAUCCAUUUUUGAAAACCCAUAUUGAAUUGCACGGUAAUAAAGGGAGAGGUCAUCCAUCAUACCUAUCUACAACAAUUUUGAACGAAUUAAUAACUCUGAUAAAGAGACGUGUUAUUAAUUAUAUUGAAAAUGAAAUCAGAGAAAGUAAAUAUUUUUCAUUAAUUUUGGACUCAACUCCGGAUUUAUCUAAGGUAGAUCAAAUGGCAAUAGUAUUAAGAUAUUGUACAUCACAUAAUGUACAAGAGAGAUUAUUAGAGCUUAAACCUAUUGAUAGUCACAAAGGUGAGUCAAUCUUUAAAUUGUUAGAAGAUUUUCUUAAAAAUUCUAAACUUGAUAUUUUAAAUUGUCGCGGUCAGUCAUAUGAUAAUGCUCCUAAUAUGAGUGGAACUUAUGAAGGACUACAAGCAUAUGUAAAAAAAAAGUGUGAUUUAGCUAUUUAUGUACCUUGCACUGCUCAUUCACUUAACCUAGUCGGAGUUCACAGUGUGAAUUGUUGCUUAGAAGCAGUAAAUUUUUUUGGGUUUCUUCAGUCACUGUAUAAUUUUUUCAGUAGUGCUACUCACAGAUGGAAUAUAUUAACUACAUCUAUAGAAAAAAGUGAUAGUAAUCGAUUACUAGUAUUAAAAUCUUUAAGUGAUACUAGAUGGUCAUGUCAUACAGAGUCUUGUAAAGCAUUAAUAAAUAAUUACACUAAAAUUAUUGAAGUAUUAGAAACUAUAAUAAGUCCUAAUAGUAAAGAAAAUGAAGAUACUAAAAGAAAUGCUAGACCAUUAUUAAAAAAAAUUUUAAAAAAAGAAACUGGAUACAUGGCACUUUUAUGGAAUGACAUUUUAGAAAGAUCCAACAAGACCUCAAUACAGUUGCAAACAAUAAAUUGUGAUCCUUUAAAAGCUCUUAAUUUACUUAUAUCAUUAAAGCAUUAUGUAUCAAAUUUGAGGAAGUGCAGUACAUUAUAUGAAAAUAAAAUAAAUCAACUUAGUCCUAAAAUAAAAGAGAAAUACUCCGAUGAACAAGAGAGAAUAAAAAAAAAGAAAUUUCCAAAUGACUCUGGUUGUAAUCAGGUAUCUUUAAGUGGUCAUGACAAGUUUAGAGUAGAGACUUAUUAUGUUAUUAUAGAUAGUUUUUGUUCACAAUUAGAAAAACGAAUUGAAGCUUAUAGUUUUCUAAAAAACAAUUUUUUGUUCAUCACAAAAUUACAUGUUGUUUUACCACAAGAUACUGAUGAAGAAGAAGAAGUUAAUAAAAGUCUUGAAAAUUUUAUUUUAUUGUAUAAAAAAGAUGUUGAUAAUACUAUACAAAAUGAAAUUAUACAAUUCAAAAAAUAUUGGUCUAUCAGUAAACCUUCAUAUGAUGACACACAAGAUUAUCUGCUAGAUAUUUGGAAGCAUUUCAAUGAAAAAAAUCUAUUACUUUCUUUUCCUAAUUUGUAUACUGCAAUUAAAAUAUAUCUAACCAUACCUAUUGCAAAUUGUUCGGCUGAAAGAGCAUUCUCCAAAUUAGCUCGAAUAAAAAACAAGUAUAGAACAAGCUCUUCUCAAGAAAAUUUAAAUAGUUUUAUGGUUUUGUGUUCAGAGAGUGAUGUUUUGGAGGGUGAUAGCAUGCCAAACACGAGUAGCAGCGUGCCAUACUUGCUCAGCUCCAGUAUGAACAGCAUCCGGUCAAGGAGGCAGAGUACAUGUUCAAAUAAUUCUAGUACUGGCAUUCUGCAGCAACUAGGUUCCGGUGUGGUGAAACAGUUAUCCACUUUGCAAAAUCCGUACCAACUGUUUAGCGGCAACAAGUGAAAAGUCGUACUCAACUUAUUGCUUAAAUUUUACUGAACGGUCCGACGUCCCGUUUAAGUCUUUGUUUUAUGUACAGCUGUUCCGCCAAACUCGAAACUGUAUUAUUGUACAUCUAUCAACAACAUCAUCAUAUUACAGCUAGAAAUCGUCAACAAUUAUUAUUACUACUAUAUUAUUAAUGUCAUAAUUCUUAAGUUUCAUUAUAUUCAUAAUUUAUUCUUGUUCGUUAAGUGUGAUUUGUUUGUUGUUGUUUUUUUCGGUCUCUUCAACGAACCGAGUUAUAUGUUUAUUGUAUUAUUGUUAUUAUUAUUAUAUUAGAUACUGUACGGU